AGAAAAAUUCAGCUUCGACAAGGAUACCAGGUGGAAGUUACGACGGCACAGAGAGGAGCUUCCCUACGGCCUGGAAGUCCAAGGCCGUCUGCAGAGGCAAGAGAUUUUGUUUCCUGGCCACGUUUCCACCCCAAUCCCUCAGUACUGCUGCAAACCCAAGACCGGCCAGGGGGCUCGGCCAGAGUGGACACUAGACUAGGACCCUGCAGUCCACCAACGACGCCGGGGACAGACCUGUCCGGCCUCGGCCCUACACUGGCCCGGAGCAUCGGUCUCCCAGGGUUGCGCUCGACCCUCACUUACCCAGGGGUCCCUUGCCCGCGGCCUUGGCUUUUAGCUCCUCGAGUUUCUUCUGCUCCUCUUUCUGUUUCUGCUUGAAAGCCUUAUCUUCCUGCGGAGAGGCAGAGCAGGUUCACUCCAGGCCAGUCGCCCAUUCCCUCAGCGCCCGCCCGCGCCUCCGCUCCCGUCCUCACCUCGUCCAUCUCCUUGGCCUGCUUCUUGGGCUGUUUCAGGGGCUUCUUUUUGCCACCUGUGGGCGACACAAGCAUGCUCGGCCCAUCCCUGCCACCAUCGCCCUCCUCCUGGUUCCCCGUUCCUCCGUCCCCCCAGACCCCACACGGCCUUACCUUCGCGGCCCGACAUGGCGCCUACUGACAGCCCCUUCACCAGACCCCGAUCCGAAGCCGGAAGCGGAGCUACUGCCUGCGCCUAUGCCGGGCGGCGGACCCACUGAUUGGCUUCUAGGCAGGAAGUUGCCCUCACGUCUUUUAAAUGACGCGUUCCCCAGGGCGGGUGUUAGCCGGUCAGGGGUCGUGGGAGUGGCCGACGCGGGGCUUACGGCUGCAGCGUAAUAGGCUUAGGCUCUUCAGCCGCUCCAAUGACGGGGUGUAGCCCUGUGUUUGCCAUGCAGCACAUUGUGGGUGUGCCCCAUAUGCUGGUACGAAGAAGCUUCCUUGGAACGGAGCUCCUUAUGACAAGGACUCUGUGCAGUCCAGGUCCCAGCCAGCCCAGAGAGAAGCGACCAGAGGCUGCAGCCUUAGGGCUGUAUCACCGCCUCCCAGCUUUGGGAAGAACGCUGGGCCACACCAUUCAGCAACAAGCAGCCUCCACCGCCAAGGCUUGGUGGGAAAGAUAUGAAGAGUUUGUGGGACUCAAUGAGGUCCGAGAAGCUCAGGGGAAUGUGACUGAGGCAGAGAAAGUGUUCAUGGUGGCUCGGGGCCUUGUCCGAGAGGCCCGGGAGAAUUUAGAGGCGCAGCAGGCUAAGCUGAAGGAGGUAAGGGACCGUUUGGACCGGGUCUCCAGGGAGGACAACCAGUACCUGGAACUGGCUACUUCGGAGCACAGGAUGCUGCAGGAGGAGAAGAGGCUCCGCGCAGCAUAUACACGUGCAGAGGACUCCGAGCGGGAGAAGUUCUCUCUCUUCUCUGCAGCUGUGCGGGAGAGUCACGAGAAGGAGCGCACACGGGCCGAAAGGACUAAGAACUGGUCCCUCAUUGGGUCAGUUCUCGGAGCUUUGAUCGGUGUGGCCGGCUCCACCUAUGUCAACCGUGUCCGCCUACAAGAACUGAAGGCCUUACUCCUGGAGGCACAGAAAGGGCCUGUGAGUCUCCAGGAGGCCAUCCGGGAACAGGCUUCUAGCUACUCCCUCCAGCAGAGAGACCUCCAGGACCUUAUGGUGGAUCUGAAGGGCCUGGUGCAUGCUGGGCAGGGCCAGGGCUCUGGGUCAUCAACAGGUACCUCUUCUACCCGAGGAAAAGACAUAGAUGUCCUUUCAGCUGCCAUGAGAGAGCAGCUCAGCCAUUCCCAGGAGGUCCGUUCCUGCCUAGAGGGUUUACAAGAGCAGCUUGAUGGCCUGGAAAAAACUUGCAGUCGAAUGGCUGCGGUGGUUCAGCUUGUAAAGGCUACAGCACAUCCGGGCCUGGUGGAGCCAGUAGACGGGGCCCUGCCUAGCUCUGUGCUGGAACAAGGGAGCAUGAUCUUGGCCCUGUCUGAUGUGGAGCAGAGGCUAGGAGCCCAAGUCAACAGGAAUACUAUCUGCAGCACACUGGUCACCUGUGUGACUUUUGUGGCCACGCUGCCUGUGCUCUACAUGCUGUUCAAGACCAGUUAGCCCUGGGAUCCCUCUUCAAAGGGGCCUAACGGUGAAUGUGGCUUUUGUUGGUGGGAUAAUGAAUCUUGAGGUACACACAACCUCAGACUGAGUACCAUCUGAGGGGCUCACCAGCAGGUACAUUUUAUUGUGUAGGUAAUACUUACAUUAAUUGUCAAAACUUUGUGCAAAUGUCCAAUUAAAAUAUCUAAGAAUUUGUAUUA